AUCGUUUCCUCCCCGCUUUGGCAAGUGGCACGAGGGGAUGUCGAACGGCGUUGUUUUGUCCUUUUCGUAGGAUUUUUCUGGAACUGUUAAUCGUUGGCGCGGGUUAAACUACCUAACCGAAUUAUAGUUGUUAUAUAUAUAUAUUUUAUAAUAGGUACGAACGUAAAUAAUAACCUGAUAAUGGCGUUAAACCCGUCAUACGAAGCCAUCGGGAAAGGCUUCGUCCAACAAUACUACGCGUUAUUUGACGACCCAGUUCAGAGGCCGAAUCUAAUAAAUAUGUACAAUACAGAAUCGUCCUUCAUGACCUUCGAAGGAUUACAGAUUCAAGGAGCUAUAAAGAUCAUGGAGAAGUUGACUAGCUUAAGUUUUCAAAAAAUUAAUAGAAUAAUAACUGCGAUCGACUCUCAACCUAUGUUUGACGGAGGUGUAUUGAUCAACGUCCUUGGAAGGUUGCAGGCAGACGAAGAUCCACCACAUGCUUUCUCCCAAAUAUUUGUGCUCAAGCCACUGGGAAAUUCUUUCUUUUGUCAGCACGACAUCUUCCGCCUUGGGAUACACGACACUGUGUGAGAUCUCUGCCUGCUUUCUGAUACGCUCGACAUAAAAGAUGAUUGGAACAAAGAGAGAGAAAAAAGAGAAGAAAUAUUUAAUAAAACACACCAGUGAGCCACGCUCGCUUCCAGCUUUAAGAUAAGUGAGCCAACAAUCUUUCAUUUUGAUAUCCUUCGUCAUCGCACACUAAGCGCUCAUUAUCCUCAGAGAUACCACAGUUUUUAUACAAAGAAUUUCCUGCUUAUCUUAUAUAAACGUGGCCACAACCAUCUUUUAACAAUAAACACGAUUCAAUAAUUA